UAAUACUAAUAUCAAUUCCUAAGGUUCUUUUGAGGAUGGUAUUCAUUAAAGUGCUUCUCUGAUGCCUGGUAUGUCGGCUGCACUCAAUAAAUUAUCACUAUGGCAUCACCAUUAUUAUUGAGUUAGGGGGCAGCAUAUGGCAAAAGUGCUGACAUUGAUUUAGAAGUGGGUUUCCUCCCUCAACUCUCAAAUACUUUAAGGAUGCGUUAAAAGCUUUGACGUGGAGACUACUUCAAAUGACAAAAUCCUUUUCCCAAAAUCAUCUGAGAAACGUCCCAGGAGGAGAGAGCUGCUUCCAAGAAACGGUUUGAAGUGCCAUUAUCGAGGGGGGACAGGGGCUCUAGGGGAUUUUGGGGUCAGCAAAUAUCAAAUGAGCUACCUCACAGAGUUGUGGUGGGGAUUUCCCACGAGGCCCCGCCCCCGGCUGAGUCACUGAAGCUCCCGCGUUUGACCUGCAGUCCCCCGAGCUGCAGGCAUCACUGCUCUGAAGAUCGAGGAGUGGAAAGUUCUCCACCAGCCCUGAGAUCUCAAGAGUGGUGUUUGUGAAACCAGCUAAUUUGAUUCAAUUCUUUUGGAAUCUACUUUCCUAGUAUCAUAUCUAUGCAAGAUUUCAUCAUGGGAAAUGGCUGUUACAACAUAGUGGCUACUGUGCUGUUGGUCAUGAAUUUUGAGAGGACAAGAUCAAUAACGCAGGAUUCCUGUAGUAACUGUCCAGCUGGUAAUUUCUGCGGGAAAGACAAGAAUCAAAUUUGCCUUCCCUGUCCUCCAAAUAGUUUCUCCAGCACAAGUGGACAAAAGACCUGUGAUAUAUGCAGGCAAUGUCAAGGUGUUUUCAGGACCAAGAAGGCUUGCUCCCCCACCAGCAAUGCAGAGUGCGAGUGCAUCUCGGGAUUCCACUGCUUAGGGGCAGGAUGCACCAUGUGUGAACAAGAUUGUAAACAAGGUCAAGAAUUAACCAAAGAGGGUUGUCAAGACUGUUGCUUUGGGACGUUUAAUGAUCAGAAACGCGGUGUCUGUCGACCCUGGACAAACUGUUCUUCGGAUGGAAAGUCUGUACUCGUGAAUGGGACGAAGGAACGCGACGUGGUGUGUGGACCAACGUCCGCCGACUUCUCUCCAGGUACAUCCUGCACCACCACACCUGCCCCCUCGGCAGUGCCACGAGGUCACACCCCCCAGCUCAUCAUCUUUCUUGCAUUGACGUCAUCUACGGCAUUGUUCCUGGUGUUCUUCCUCGUGCUCCGUUUCUCUGUUGUUAAACAGGGCAGAAAGAAACUCCUGUAUAUAUUCAAACAACCAUUUAUGAGACCAGCACAAACUGCCCAAGAGGAAGAUGCCUGUAGCUGCCGAUUUCCAGAAGAAGAAGAAGGAGAAUGCGAACUGUGA